AUGGACUGUAUGAAAUGUCCGUCGCAAAAAUUCUUUAGUUUGCUGUUCCGAUUUCGUACUACUUUGCUGACUCAUUUGCGAUAUCGGCACUGUUCCGUGCUUGAAGCCGUUCGUCAUGAAGUAAACAGGGAAUGUUGGUUACUGUGGGAAGGGGUGCCGAAGAGAACCCGUGUCGUGUUGGCGGCGACUAUGCAAGAGGAUAUUCUAUUUGGCCGGUCGCCGAGACCUCCAGAAAGGUCUCGAGAUUUGGCGGGAUCCGGCCGGUUUGGGUUUUGA